UACCGGAAGUUGACCAGGAGAGGUAAACAAAAGCGAAUUUGAAAGCCGUUGUUGAUCAAAUGUGUUACCUUCUAAGUGCAAGAGAUCUCUUGAGUGAUAAGAGAUUGAAGCGUCCUUAUUAGAAGAUGUUUUAACGUAUAACAGCAUGAGAUAAGGCACAGAUAUGACAGGACUGAUACAAUGUAAAAGGACAACAUGAUAUUAUACAGGCAGCUUCCAUAUUUACAAAUACUGUUUCUCUUUUGUAUUCUACCCUCAGGUAUUUUGUCUCAGUUUUCUGUCUGCCUAAAUUCUACAUGUCAGAAUGGUGCUACGUGUCUCAGCAAUGGAACCAGUGUUAUUUGUCAAUGUGCCACUGGCUUUAGAGGUUCCAACUGUUCAGAGAAUAUAGAUGAUUGUCGUGAACCUGUCCUCCAUAGCUGUGCCAAUGGUGCUAGGUGUAUAGAUGGAAUAGCAGGCUAUACCUGUAGCUGUCAGCCUGGGUGGACUGGAUCUCUCUGUGAACAGGAAAUCAAUGAAUGUUUAGCAGAUCCCUGCCGUAAUGGUGCCACAUGCAGUGACCGCUUGAAUAGUUUUUUCUGCCAGUGUCCAGUCAAUUUCCAUGGCUCUACCUGUGCUGAGGAUGUGGACGAGUGUCUGACCCUGGCACCUUGUAGAAAUUUUUUAUCGUGUGAUAAUACGUAUGGGGAUUAUCAGUGCAGGUGCUUGCCAGGCUACACUGGAAAGAACUGUGAAACAGAAAUUGAUGAAUGUUCAAGUCAGCCAUGUUAUUUUGGUGGCACAUGCCAGGAUCUGAUUGGUGGAUUUAACUGCACAUGCCCAGAAGGUUUUAUUGGUGAUCGCUGUGAGGCUAUUGUGCGGAAAUGUCAGCUGCUGGACCUGUGCUCUGAAAAUGCGAUCUGUGUAGAAAUACCGACAGGUGGCCAGAGAUGUUUCUGCAAACCAGGAUACUAUGGCAGUGACUGUCAGUUUGAUAUCAAUGAGUGUGCCAGUACACCCUGUCUAAAUGGGGGCAAUUGUACUGAUUUAGUGAAUGGGUACAACUGUAGCUGUAUACCAGGCUACACUGGGCGUAACUGUGAAAUAGACAUAGAUGAGUGUGCCAGUGGACCCUGCUUGAACAAUGCCCAGUGCCUGGAUCCCCCCAUUGACCAGUAUGUGUGUAGAUGUCAGCAAGGGUUCAUGGGCAGAAAUUGUGAACAGAACAUCGAUGAUUGUGCCUCCAACCCAUGCCAGAGUUAUCAGAUAUGUGUGGAUUUGGUGAAUGGAUACAGAUGUCAGUGUGCAGAAGGUAUGACAGGUCAACAGUGUGAGUCCCACAUUGACAGUUGCCAUAGCAAUCCAUGUCAGCAAGGCGGGACUUGUCAGCCAAGUGGGAGUGGCUAUAGGUGCCAGUGUGUGUAUCCAUAUGAUGGCAUUAACUGUGAGAUCAGCACUGAUCCAUGUGUGCCCAACCCCUGUCUUCACUAUGGCAACUGCACUGCGGACAGUUCUCAGGACACUGGAUACACAUGUGCUUGUGUUCAGGGUUUUAUUGGUGAGCGCUGUGAGGGGGAUGUGUACGACUGCCUGUCACAGCCAUGCAGAAAUGGAGGGUUGUGUUUUGAGAACACCAACGGCCAGGCAGGAUUUCAGUGCCGCUGUCCUAGUAGAUACAGUGGGAUGUAUUGCCAGAUAGACUCCCAGAGCUGUACUCACAACCCCUGCCUUCAUAAUGGCUCUUGUGUCCAAGGGAUGGCUGGUAUAUCUUGUAACUGUCCUCCAAGUUGGUCUGGCAGCAGAUGUGAGCUUGACGUCAAUGAGUGCCUUUCACUCAACCCCUGUCAAAAUGAUGGCCACUGCAUCAACCAAGAUGGCGGCUAUCUGUGUCUGUGUGGUCCGUACUGGACUGGUCAGGACUGCGAGAGUGACGUGUUAGAGUGCGCCACACAGCCGUGCCUUAAUAAUGCCUCCUGUAUUGAACAUAUAGGACAAGAUUAUUCCUGCAGUUGUAUGCUAGGCUAUACUGGGUUACACUGUGAGACUGAAAUACAGGAGUGCCUUUCUUCACCCUGUAGAAACAAUGCUAGCUGUGUGGACCUGGUGGGCAGAUACAUGUGUAUGUGUGAACAUGGAUACACAGAUGUAAAUUGUGGCACGGAGAUAGACGAAUGUCAGGUGUACCAGCCAUGUCAGAACAAUGCUACCUGCCAUGAUGUCAUUAAUGGGUACACUUGUACCUGCCCAAGCGGGUUCACGGGCAUCAACUGUAGUGUUAAUAUAGAUGACUGCUCUCCACAGCCCUGUCUAAAUGAAGCCACCUGUGUGGAUGAAAUAGAUGACUACACCUGUGUUUGUUUACCUGGAUGGACUGGGAAGAACUGUUCUGUGGAUGUCAAUGAGUGUGAGUUGCUGAGUCCGUGUCACAAUGGGGCCACAUGUCUGGAUCUGGUGAACAACUUCACUUGUACUUGUGCUGCCGGGUGGACAGGUGCAACCUGUGCAGUGAAUAUAGACGACUGUGAUCCCAUGCCUUGUUUGAAUGGUGCAUCAUGUACAGAUGAAGUCAAUGAUUACCACUGUAUCUGUGCUGCUGGGUUCUCAGGUCGCAACUGCAGUCAUGACAUCCAGGAAUGCCUUUCCUCGCCUUGUCUACAUGAAGCAACUUGCUUGGAACCCACCCCGGCAGCAUACACCUGUGCUUGCAUCAGUGGGAUAGAUGGAGCCACUUGUGACUUUGUCAGGACAGCCACCUUCCAGGGUACAAAUGUCUUGCAACUCCAACCAAUUCAAGAAUAUGCUCAGAAUUCCAUUAGAAAAAAGAGGAACUCUGAAAUUGGAGAUGUCGUUAUUGACUUUGAUUUCUUCACUUCUGUUAACAGUGGUGUAUUGCUAUGGACAACAUGGUACAACAGUGAAGGAAAGCCACAACAUCUUGCAGUGGAACUUUACCAGGGUGAUCUUGUAGCAUCUGUGACAUUUGGAAUGCUAACUGCUAAAGCCACAUUGAGGAUAUCCCCCACAUCCCAAGGUCAGGGUCUACUUCAGCCUCAUAUACAGCUUGCCUUAGGAAGUGGCCACCUGAACAUAACAGUUGACCCAGAAAGUUGCAUUGUGGGAACUGGGUGUUUUGCGACAGCUUCAUCUGGGACCAAUCAGAAUGCAGAUGUAAACCUGUCAGGUGACCUGUUCCUAGGCGGACUACCCACUGUGACACCAUAUUCCAAAACUGUACUGAGUGGACACGAUGGCUUCAGAGGUUGUUUAGGGAACUUCUCCAUCAAUAACAAUGCCGUGAACCUGAUGCCAGUGGGUGUCCCAGUCCAGGCUGAUGACCCAAGUCCAGGGUGCUUGACCCCUGGCUACUGCACACCUGCCAGCUGUUUAAAUGGUGGACAAUGUGUGGACCAAUGGACUCACACCACUUGCCAGUGUCUGGAUGGCUUCCAAGGCGAGAGAUGUGAGUUGCAGACAACAGCACAUUUCACAGGAGAGUCCUUCCUCCACAUCCCGUCAUCCUCACCAUCAGCUUCCAUUACUCAGGUCAAAUUUGGACUGACUUCCACCCAGCCAGAUGGUCUUAUAUUUUACACACUUAGUGGCAGUGCCUUGGUGGCCUUUCUCCUAGACAACGGUGCAUUAAGAGUUCAUGUGGUGGUGAUUGGUGGUGAUGUGGUGUCUUAUGUAGGCCAGAAUAUCAGCACCGGGAACUGGUACCAAGUCCAGACGACUUUCACAAAGACCCAACUUACCGUGCAAGUCACAAAUGAAGAAACCGGUCAGGUGUCCACAGACAGUCAGUCAGCCAGUAAUGUCCAGGUGCAGUACCCUCUAUUCCUUGGUCAGUUACACCUGGACUCUGCUCUUAACAUCUGGAGAAACAGACCAAUACCUCUGACCUCUCAUGCCAGCUUCUAUGGUUGCAUAAGAAAUUUGACCAUCAACAACCAGCUGAUAAAUUUGGCCAGUGCCUCACCGUCCUCUCUGAGGAAUGACCCUCCUCAAGCCAUGCCAGGAUGCCCCAGGGAUGUCCACUGUAAUACUGCACCCUGUGGAGCCAGGGGAGUCUGUAGAUCAGGCUGGCAAGGGUAUACCUGCUCUUGCUAUCAAGAUUACUUUGGAGAAAACUGUACACAGGUGUCUGCAUCCACAUUCAAUGGAAUGACCAGUUAUGCAGAGAUUACAGUGGACACUAUGCAGAUUGUAUUUGGAGACAGUGGGAGUUUUGAGUUUCGUAGCAGAGCCAAUGGCACCCUCCUCUACAUACAGUUAUAUGAUACAUCUGGGUCACCAGUUGAUAGUCUCGAGUUCAGGAUUUUCAAACAACAGUUGCAAAUGGAGACAGUGUAUAGUGGGAUAGUAUUGAGUCUAACUUUACCAUCUCGAGUAUCUGAUGGUACAUGGCACAGAGUGACCUGGGCACAACAACCCUUAGGGAUCUCAGUUACCCUUAGAAACAGUUCCCUUGGAAACAGUUCCCACGGUAACAGUUCCCUGUUACUCCAGACACCUUUUACCUUUCAUCAGUCCAACAGGAACCACACUGUGACUGUGUUCUUAGGAACAAAACCUUUCCAGCCUGGUGACACAAGCUUGCUAGUUGGCUGGUACAAAGGUUGCAUAAGAGGCAUCACAUUCAACCAGCAACAUGUGCGUUACCUUCAGUCUAACAGCCAACAAGACGGUGUCCAUUCAUUAAAUCACAAUCUGAGGACGGGCUGCAUUGGUGACGAUGUCUGCCAACCAAAUCGUUGUCCUGCUAACUCGUUCUGUCUCGACACAUGGAAUGCAUAUCAGUGUCCCUGUCUGGAGGGGUGGGAGGGGAUGGGUUGUUCUCUCAGUAUUAACGACUGCGUGAACAAUUCAUGCUCGAAUGGAGCGACAUGCGUAGAUGGUCACAUGGAGUAUACCUGUGUGUGUGCACAUGGUUACACAGGGCGAUUCUGCGAGCAGGUUAUUGAGAUGUGUGACUUCUCUCCUUGUCAUGAAAACAAUACAUUACAGUGCAACUCUGUUUUCCCAGUGGACUACACCUGUGACUGCAAACCAGGCUGGACUGGGAAAAACUGCACUUUAAAUAUAGAUGAGUGCAUGAGCAUGCCAUGUUCCCACAAUGGGACAUGCAUGGAUCGUGUUAAUGGCUAUUCAUGUGCAUGCGACGUGGAUCAUUUUGGGGUUCAUUGCGAGAACACCAGGAUCUGUGCUUCACAACCGUGUUUUAAUGGUGCCAGUUGUUUCAAUGGAGAAAAUAACACUGACUUUACAUGCACAUGUACUGAGAGAUAUUUAGGACUCCAGUGUGAGACAUACAACUCCUGUUACAACCAUCAGUGCCAGAACAAUGCCUCCUGUGUUAUCAAUGGUGGAGAUUACAACUGUACUUGUGCCACAGGUUUCUAUGGAAACAGGUGUGAGUUUGUAGAUUUCUGUCUAUCGUCACCUUGCCAGAAUGGGGCCACGUGUAGCAACCAGCCAGAUACAUUCACCUGUGACUGCACCAUCCAUUACGAGGGUAGCACUUGCGACACACCCAUCGAUAAAUGUGAAACCAAUCCUUGUUUGAAUGGUGGGAGCUGUUGGUUUGAUAUGAGCAAUCCAGAGCAAAACUUCACUUGCCAGUGUUUACCAGGUUACACUGGGUCAUUAUGUGACCUUGACAUUGAUGAAUGUAGGUCAAACCCCUGUCAGAAUGGUGCUACUUGUAUUGAAAGCACUCAGUUACCCAGGGAUCAGUUCUUUUCUGGAUUCAGCUGCAGUUGUGCCAGUGGUUAUUAUGGAGAACUGUGUCAGUUAGAAGUGAAUGAGUGUGGCAGUAAUCCAUGCCUGAACUCUGGAACUUGCGUGGAUCAGAUAAAUUCUUACAGAUGUGAUUGUGUUCUUGGUUACGAGGGCACGCACUGCGAAAUGGACAAAAGAGGCUGUUCGUCUGGACCAUGUUUUAAUGGCGCCACCUGUCAGGAGGACAUGGACAAGACAUACCAGUGUUUGUGUGCAGUUGGCUACACUGGGCAGCUGUGCCAAACUGACAUAGAUGACUGCAGAGGACACCUUUGCCAGAAUGGUGCCAGUUGUGUGGACCUAGUCAACAACUACACGUGUAACUGUAGACCAGGCUUUGGAGGGGAUUUCUUUUGCUCAGAAAGAAUCGACUCCUGUUACAGUCAGCCAUGUUUGAACAACGGCACAUGUGCCUAUGUGGGCAUGUGUGCUUGUCCUGACAACGUACAACUAGAGACAUCUAUAGUCCAGAAUUGUGGUUGGCACGAUGAGGCAUGCCAGGUGGUGGAAUGCAGGAGAAAUCCAAGCUGUUCCAUCCGGGCGAGGUCUUUCCAGUGUGACUGUACCAGCACUGGGUAUGAGGGUAACUUGUGCCAGUCUGAUGUGAAUGAGUGUCUGUUCCCAGAGUCCUGCCUUCACAGCAGCCAGUGUACAAACCUAGAUGGUGGAUAUGUAUGUAAUUGUACAGGGACUGGAUAUGAGGGCACGCACUGUGAACUGGAUAUCAACGAGUGUGACGGUAUUCUGACCUGUCUUAAUGGAGGAACCUGCCAGAACCGACCAGGGUCCAGUUGGUGUGUUUGCACCCCGGGUUACACGGGGCUCACCUGUGGUCAGGACAUAGAUGAGUGUGCCAGCACACCCUGUCAACACGGGGCGAUCUGUAACAACCAGCUCAAUAAGUUUGUUUGUGACUGUUCAGGAACUGGGUAUCAAGGUAUCUCUUGUGAGAGUGAUAUCAAUGAAUGUGAUGAAGCAGGCUUUAGUUCUUGUCGGAAUGGUGGCACCUGUGUCAACAGGCCAGGAAACUUCUCAUGCAGCUGUCCAGCACCAUAUUAUGGAACAUAUUGUGAACUUGAAAAAGAAACUCCAGUCCAGCUGCCUUCCACAGGGGAGGACCCCUCCCUGGUCAUAGUCCUGGUGCCACUGUUUGUUGCCAUCCUCAUCAUCACGCUGAUCUUCAUAUACGCCCUAUGGCGGGUACGACGGAUGAGAAAGAUGAAGGGAACUUACAACCCAGCCAAGGAGGAACAACAGAAUGGACCGUCCAUUCCACUGCAGGAUAUGUUUGAUGAAGACACGGAGGAGAAGUUGAUAUGACAAC